CACAGAAAAGCUGGGCGUGUAGAUUUUCAAGCUUAGGGGCUAAGAUAAGAUAAGAUGAGAUCCGGAGAAUUUCAAGGAGUUAACAACCUCAAAACAACCUUCAGCCAAGCAACCUUGGCCAGGGCACAUCUUCAAAAUGGGAAAAGGCACUGACAAGCUCUAUAUUACACACUCAGAGUGGUCCUCUUCCGACGCAUACUCUGCCAGCGCUGGCUCGAAUGUAUCGCAGAAGGCCCCAAACGGCGCGAACUUCAAAAGACUACCCUUCAACUUCUGCGCCGCGAGUCUCCAGCCUUUCAAGCAUCCUGUCUGCACCGCAGAAGGCACGAUAUUCGACGUUGAAGUCAUAAGUCAAUGGUUGGAAAAACAUGGAACGAAUCCUGUCACAGGGAAGCCAUUAAAGGAUAAAGAGCUUAUUAAGCUCAAUUUUGCACGAAACGGAGACACAGACGCGCAUGAUGGCGGAGGUGGAGCCGGCGAUGGGAAAGGCGAAAUGGUCGAUCCUGUUACAUUUAAGGUCUUCACGGAUAAUACCCAUAUCGUGGCUAUCAGGCAUGGUAGUGAGGCGAACGUCUUUGCUUGGGAGACUGUCGAGAGGUUGAACAUUAAGCCGAAGAUGUGGUUAGAUUUGGUCGAUGAUCGAGAGUUCGGCAGAUCAGAUAUUAUCACGCUACAGGAUCCGCAGAAUAUUGAGAGUCGAGAUCUAAGCCAAUUCAAGUUCUUGAAAGACGGGGAGACUGUGCUCACCAAGGAACAAGAAGAAGAGAGGAAGAAGGGCAGCGUGAAUAUCGAUGCGCUUGGACGGGUCGGAAACAAAGUCUUAAGGGCAAAAGAGGCAGUGGAGAAGGCGAGGAGAGAAAGAGAAGCAGGUGGAGACAUCAAUCGAUCGAAGGCCAUGAUAAAGACUGGACAAGCAAAUUCUGCGCCAAGACCGUCGAUGGUACAGGAGAAGAAAAUGGCUUACAAUGCGGCUCAGUACACGACUGGAAAAGCAGCGGCAAGUUUUACUUCCACUGGACUGACACCCGAAACGAGUGGAGAAAGGGCAUUACUCAGUGAUGAGGAGUACAUGCUUCGGCCAAAAAGGGUUAAGAUCAAAGGAUAUGCUCGUAUUGAGACUAAUCUGGGUUCUAUCAACAUCGAGCUCCAGACAGAGACAGCACCAAGAGCUGUUUGGAAUUUCGUCCACCUAGCAAAGAAAGGCUACUACAACGGUGUCAAGUUUCACCGAAAUAUCAGGAAUUUCAUGAUCCAAGGUGGUGAUCCCACAGGUACGGGCAAAGGAGGCAGCAGUAUCUGGGGUAAGAAUUUCCAGGACGAAUUCGAUGGACCUCUUACACACGAUGCAAGAGGCGUCAUGAGCAUGGCCAACAAGGGAAAGAAUACAAAUUCGAGUCAAUUCUUCAUUACAUACAAAGCUGCAAAGCACCUCGAUCGGAAGCAUACAAUAUUUGGUCGCGUUGUUGGUGGCUUGGAUGUAUUGCAAAAGCUGGAGAAUGCUCCAGUUGAUGACGGCAACCGACCUCUAGACGACAUCGUGAUGGAGAACGUUGUUGUCUUUGUUGAUCCUUUCGAAGAGUUUCAGAAGCAAAAGCGAGAGAAGGACGAUCAGGAGAAGCAAAAAGAGGAGAUUAAGAAGCAUGGUGGUACGGAAGACGAUAAGACGACGUGGACCGGCAAGCGAAUCAGGAAUGAUGGCACUGUCGUACAAACAGACCAAUCUGGUGGGGUAGGCAAAUACUUGAAGGCCGCUGCGGCAGAUACAACCAAUAAUAAGCAUGUCGAGGAUGACGUGCUUGACUCGGAGCCGGUCAAGAAGAAGAUCAAGUCUGGAGGAUUUGGCAAUUUUGACGGCUGGUGAAACUCCUCCUUAUCGGCUGGAAUUUACCUCCGGCUGUGCCCAACCAAGAAGAUGACUAUUGGGACAUUGCCAUGCCGCGGAUGAACAAUGGUAACGAAUGGUAGAAGACAUGAUCAUCUUGUCGGGCAACAAAAGCUCUUGCCAAAGCACUUGGUCGUUAUGUCGGCAAUGAAGCUAUUGACCUGUCCAGGGAAGUCUUCUGAAAUACCACCAGUCAGUACCAUGAAAAUGGAAUCAGACCACUUCAAAGUCACCGUAUACAAGUGGCCCGGUUGAAAAGAAGUGCUGUACGAUUAUAGAGAUAAUGAGAACCUUCGAGAGAGAGAAAAAAGAUCUGAAAUUCAUUUGUCUACCUGUAGUCCGUAGGAAUACUUCCUUUCUUUGCAGUCUGUGGUACUAGCGCCCACGUUGCCUGCUCGAAAAGCCCUUAUGGAAGGUAUAUCUUUGAUAAAAAUCAC